UCCAUUCUUGCCCAGGGCAAGGGCAAGGGCAAGGGCAGCGGGUCCUUUCCAGCCCAACCACGCCGCCUCUGCCCCGUCCAAGCGGAUCGAGCCCGCCUGGUCUCCGUCGCAUCUCGUCGCAUCUCGUCGCAUCCCGUCCAGUCCCAUAGCCAGAACCGAGUCCGACCCCAAAGCCACUAUCGAGUCCGACCCCCAAGCAACCCGCCCAUUGCCGCUCUUGCACCAGGCUGCAUCAUAUCCAGGCCGCCUGCCCAAUCGAUCUGUGGCCUCUCUUGGAUCGAUCUCCGCUGCCACUUCCCCUCGCUCGGCCGAUUUAACCCCAUCUAUCCGUCACCAUGAAGAAGCCCGUCGUGGACAAUACCCCAAAGCGAAUCAAACAGCUCGAGUUUGGCGUCUUCUCGAGCCAAGCCGCCAUGAACAUGUCCGUGCUCGAGCUCUAUGAGCGGAAUCUGUAUGACGUCAAUGUCCAAGGUCCCGUUCGCGCCCCCGCCCCAUAUGGUGUUUUGGAUAAGCGGCUGGGAACUUCCGACAAGCAAAGCCGCUGCGAAACCUGUGGCGAGAAUCUACAGGACUGCGUCGGCCACUUUGGCGUCAUCCGGCUCGUCUUGCCUGUGUUCCACAUCGGAUACUUCAAGCAAAUGAUCAAGGUUUUGCAAAACAUCUGCAAGACCUGCAGCAGGGUGCUGCUGGAGGAGCAGGUCCGCAGAGUCUUCCUCAAGCGGAUUCGAUCGACCACCGACGGCAACAGGCGGAACGACAUUCUCAAGUCGCUCAACACGACGUGCAAGAAAGCGACCCGAUGCCCGCACUGCAACAGCCUCAACGGAACCGUAAAGAAGGUCGGCGCCAUGAAGAUCGUGCACGAAAAGUUCCGCAAGCGAACCGCCAACAACGUCGUCGAGGAGCGCGAGUUCCGUGAGAGAUUCACCAAUAUCUCCCAGCUCGACCCCGCCCUCAAGCCCCACAUUUCGAAGGCUAUGGAAGACAUGACGCCUCUCACGAUCCUGCGACUGCUUGAGCGCAUUAGCAACGAGGACUGUGAGCUGAUGGGACUCGAUCCCAGCACCGGUCGCCCAGAACUCUUCCUUUGGACAGCGCUUCCGGUUCCACCUGUCUGUAUCCGCCCCUCUGUCGGCGUGGACGCCUCGAGCUCCGAGGACGAUCUCACUGUCCUGCUCUCUGAUAUCAUCGAUAUCAACAGCAAGAUUCGGGCCGUUAUUGCCCAGGGUCUGCCGACGGCAAGUUUGAUGGAGCACUGGGACUACCUGCAGCUGCAGUGCGCAAUGUAUGUCACGAGCGAUCUUCCUGGUGUGCCGCAUCAUCUCCAGAGUCUCUAUAACGUCCGCAAAAUCAAGAAGGGUUUCUGUCAGCGACUCAAGGGCAAGCACGGCCGCUUCCGAGGCAAUCUCUCUGGCAAGCGUGUCGAUUUUUCCGGCAGAACGGUCAUCUCCCCCGACCCCAACCUCCGCAUCGACCAGGUCGCUGUCCCAGAGCGAAUCUGCCGCAUCCUGACCUAUCCCGAGCGCGUCACGGCCUUCAAUAUCGAGCGCCUGCGCAAGAACGUCAUGAACGGCGUCGAUGUGCAUCCGGGCGCUACCUACGUCACGUCGUCCGAGGGAUACAAGAGAUUCCUCAAGUUUGGCGAUCGAGCCAAGGUGGCCCAGAGCCUGCAGAUCGGCGACAUUGUCGAUCGCCAUCUGCAAGAUGACGACAUUGUGUUGUUCAACCGCCAGCCGUCGCUCCACAAGCUCAGUAUUAUGUCGCACAUGGUCAAGGUUCGGCCGUGGAGGACACUACGCUUCAACGAGUGUGUGUGCACGCCUUACAACGCCGAUUUCGAUGGCGAUGAGAUGAACAUCCACGUCCCACAGACCGAAGAAGCCCGUGCGGAAGCCAUCACCCUGAUGGGCGUCAAAAACAACCUAGUCACCCCCAGAAACGGCGAGCCCCUGAUUGCCGCCACCCAGGAUUUCAUCACCGCGUCGUAUUUGAUCUCAAGCAAGGACACCUUCUACGACCGCUCGCAGUUCACCCAAGUCUGCUCGUAUCUCAGCGACGCUACCUUUGACAUCGACAUUCCUCCCCCAGCCAUCUGGAAGCCGGUCAAGCUCUGGACUGGAAAGCAAAUCUUUAGCGUGCUGCUGCGGCCCAACAAAAAGUCCAAGGUCAUCCUGAACCUCGAGACCAAGUGUCGCACCUUCGAGAAGGACAAGUGCGUGGAGAGUACCAUGUGUCCCAGCGACGGCUAUCUCUUUAUCUACAACAGCGAGCUCAUGUGCGGUGUCGUCGACAAGGCCAUCAUCGGCGACGGCAGCAAAAAGUCCAUGUUCUACACCGUCUUGAGAGACUACGGGCCAAUCGAGGCCGCAGCUUGCAUGAACCGCGUUGCCAAGCUCUCUGCUCGUUGGCUUGCAAACAAGGGCUUCUCGAUCGGCAUUGACGAUGUCCAGCCUGGCGAGAUCCUGGCCAAGCAAAAGGAUAUCAAGGUCGUGGAAGCAUAUGCCCGCUGCGAUGAGCUCAUCGGCCAGGCCAAGGCCGGCAAGCUGAAGCUUAUGGCGGGCUGUAACGAGGCCCAGACACUGGAGUCCGAGAUCUCUGGUGUACUCAGCAAGGUCCGUGACCAAGCCGCCGAAAUCUGUCUCAAGGAACUCAGCAAGUACAAUGCGCCGCUCAUCAUGUCCCUCUGCGGCUCCAAAGGCUCCAAGAUCAACGUCUCGCAGAUGGUCGCUUGUGUCGGCCAGCAGAUCAUCAGCGGCAACCGUAUCCCAAACGGCUUUGGAGACCGCUCCUUGCCACACUUCCCCAAGCAAUCCGUCGCCCCCGCCGCCAAGGGCUUCGUCCGCAACAGUUUUUACAGUGGCCUGACUCCGCCCGAGUUCAUUUUCCACGCCGUGUCUGGCCGUGAGGGUCUCGUUGAUACCGCUGUCAAGACUGCCGAGACUGGCUACAUGUCUCGCCGCUUGAUGAAGGCUCUUGAGGAUUUGACGGCCCACUACGACCGAUCGGUUCGAAAUGCCUCCGGAGGUGUCGUGCAGUUCGUCUAUGGCGAUGACGGACUGGAUCCUGCCAGCAUCGAGGGUGCCCAGCAACCUGUUGAGUUUGUUCGAAACCUCCAGCACUCUCGGUCCCUCUUCAACGACCCGCGCGACAAGGGUCUGCUGCCCUAUGAGGUUGAGCAGCACGUCAACAAGGCCCUGGACGAGCCCCGUUUCAAGCAGAUCUGCUCCGAUGAGUACAUCAAGACUCUCAGGGCGUUCAUCAGCGACACAAUGAAUCAUCUGGCUUCUGUCCGCGGCAAACACGGUCUUGGGACAGGCCUGGAAUCCGGCAGCAAAUCCAAGAAGCACGGUGGAGACGCCAACCAGAUCAAGACCCGCAUCACCAAGAAGCAGCUCGAGUGCUUCCUAGAUAUCUGUGCCACCAAGUACGCCCGAGCUGUGAUCGAGCCAGGGACGGCUGUUGGUGCCGUCGGAGCCCAGAGUAUCGGUGAGCCUGGCACCCAGAUGACCCUCAAAACUUUCCACUUUGCCGGUGUCGCCAGUAUGAACGUCACCCUCGGUGUGCCGCGAAUCAAAGAAAUCAUCAACGCCGCCAAGACCAUCUCAACGCCCAUCAUUACGGCCAUUCUCAAUCCCAAGACGGCGUGCAGCGAGAGUGCUGCUCGUGUCGUCAAGGGCCGUGUUGAAAAGACUCGCCUUGAAGAUAUCUCAGAGUACAUCCAGGAGAUUGUCUCGGCUCAGGAGUGCUACUUGCGCAUCAAGCUGGACGAAGGCACCAUCCAUCGGCUUCAGCUGGAUCUCGAUGUCGCCUCCGUUUGCGACGCCAUCGUUCGCGCCCCCAAGCUCAAGAUCUCGUCCGCAAACAUCGCCUUUGAUGGCGAGUGGGCACUCCGCGUCCGUGUCUCUGAGGGCAAGAACGAGGCAUCCAUCUUCCACGAGAUGCAGGUUCUCAAGCGGGCCCUUCCCAAGGUGGUCGUGAAGGGCAUCCGGACGGUAAAUCGCGCCAUCAUCAGCGAGGCGGAGGGCAAGAAACCCAAAGAGUAUCAGCUCCUCGUUGAGGGAUAUGGACUUAUGGAGGUCAUGGGCACCGACGGUGUCGAUGGCCUCAAGACCAAAUCCAACCACACCCUUGAGGUGUUCAAAACCCUUGGUAUCGAAGCUGCUCGCCUGACAAUCAUCAAGGAAAUCAUGUUCACAAUGUCGAGCCACGGCAUGACCAUCGAUCCACGACACGUCAUGCUUUUGAGCGAUCUGAUGACCUUCAAGGGCGAAGUUCUGGGCAUCACUCGAUUCGGCAUCGCCAAGAUGCGCGACAGUGUGCUUAUGCUGGCGUCGUUCGAAAAGACCACGGACCAUCUGUUCGACGCAUCUUUCUUUGGAAAGAAGGACGAAAUCAUGGGCGUAUCCGAGUGCAUCAUCAUGGGCCAGCCCAUGGGAAUCGGCACCGGGCUGUUCAAGCUCAUCCAACGCACAGACGUAGCCCGCGACAUGAUCCCAAAGACCCGCUCGCUCCUCUUUGACGAGCAGCAGGGCAACCUCGCGAUCACCCGCAUCCACUCUCGAAAGUGACCGACGCUGUCCCAGCUGGAUAUGCGCAGAGAGACCGUGUCUGUCUUGAGCAGCCGCUGUCUACACCAUAAUGUUGCAUUUGCUGCAAUGGGGACCGACGGCUAUCCAUACAGCGUACCCGUUUGGAAACGGGACACCCUGUUGUUGUUUUCUGGGACCUGAAUACAUACACACACAAACCAUCACAACCACGGCCAAACAGUGUGUCCAAG